AUGUGCUUAACAUUAUUGUUUGAUUUAGAUAAAUUAAUGGCAUCAUGUGAUAUACCAGAACAGCUUACUACAAAUGCUAUUAAAGAAGACUUAAUUGAAAAUACUUACAAUGCAGGUAGCAUUGUUUGGGCACAUAUAAGUGGUUUCCCAUGGUGGCCUGGUAUAGUUAACGAUUGUCCUGAGACUUUCACAUACUAUGAAUUGCCCAAAAAUUCACUUAAGCCUAUCAGAUACAAUGUCACAUUUUUCAAUGAAGAAAAACUUGAGAAUGCCUGGGUCAAUAAACUAAAUCUUAAAUCAUUUGUCGCAAAUAAAUAUAGUCGAGUUGUCAAAAGGACAAAAUUCAAUGGAACUGAAUAUAAACAGUCUCUGCGAAGAGCAUACGAAGUAGCUACAAAUGCUCUUCAAUUAUCAAUUUCAGACAGGUUAAAGGAAUUUAGCUUUGUAGCACAGUACGAAAGAUUUUAUGACAUCAAUAAUACAAGCCAAUUAGUUAGUAACAUUGCAAAAACAGAUAUUUUAUCAGAAAUGGAUACAAAUUUAGAUGAUGAAAUACCCUGUUCUGAUACCAUAAACACACACCAUACAUUGAAAAAUUAUUACCUAAGAAAAAUACGUAAAAAUCGAGAUCCACAUUAAAGUACAUUUUAAACUGAUUUCUGUUAUAGAAAAAAAACAAUAUUAUGAAAAAAUAAAGGUUUAAUCACUUAUAUUCACUUUG